AGCGCUAGCAGCGUUAGUGAAAUGAAUAUUUCAGCGUCUGCAGCAACAAUAUCUUCGCUUCAUCUCCAGAGAGCGACUAACUGCUGAAUAAAUAUUCAGAACCAUCGUCCAGGAGGAGGAAGAGACCGAGCAUCAGCUCAGACUGCUGGAUAGCAGCUGGAGAACCCGAACCGGGUCAGAACCUCCAGGUCUUCAGCGGCAUCAUGUCUUUUACUACGUGGAAGGUUGUCGCCGAUCAGUUUCUCACGACCGAGGAGAGGAACGCUGGUCCUGAUCAGAAGUCGUCAGACAUUGCAGAACUAAGAGACGAACGGCAGGAACCAGAACCAGCGGAGAUGAUUGAGGCAAAAGAGGAACCAGAACCUCAGUCAGUCGAUGAAAAACGGACUGAACUGGGCUCCUCUGAGGAUGAAGGGCAGCUUUCAGUGAAACAGGAGACGGAUUCCUUAAUUCUGUCUCCCACUGUUGACCAGAAAGACUUCAGUGAAGCAGAACCAGUCAAGAAUAAUUUCCUCUGUUCAACCGGCCCUAAAGAUGAAAAGCCAGAGAAAAGAUGCAAACCCCCCAGAAAAGCCGGUGACCGUGUGGUGAACUCUGCACUAAGGAGGCUCAAAAAGAAAUCGCCCUCAUGUGAAGCGUGUGGCCGAUGCUUCUAUAAUCGACAAAAGUUCAUCGUGCACAUGAGAAGUCACACAGGACCCACAUAUUGGAAGAUAAACGAGAAACAGCUGAUCAUGGAAGUGCAGAAGAGGUCCGUCUUGUACGACUCGGCACACCCUUCGUAUAAAGACAACAGCGAAAAGGAGAAGGCGUGGCUGGAGAUAGCCAAAGUUUUGGGUAAUAGUGUUGAUUUCUGCAAGAAUCGGUGGAGAAAUCUUCGUGACGUGUUUGUUAGGAACAACAAAAGAAUCCAACUCCCAAGCGGAUCAAGCAGGGUGCCUAAAACAGAGUGGAAGAACCGGAGACUGAUGUCAUUCUUACUGCCGUACAUGCUGUCAAGACGCUCAAAGAACCGACUUCAUCCCGCCCCCACAGGCGAUCUAGAAGAAGGGCAAAGUGGGACCCCUCUGUCACUGGCUGAAAAAGAGGAGCAACCCGGCACGCCGAGCCCCUCUACAACACCAUCCCCCUCCAGUGAAGGUGACAUGCUGUCCCCUAGCCCCAGAGAAACCCCUCCCAGAAGACCAGAGCGCAGGAACACGGGGAAACCGGUGGAGGACCGCAUCGUGUCCGUUCUAGAGAACCUCAGUCCAACAAACACUGACGAGGAGUCGUAUUACUUUGCUCUCAGCACAGUGCCCAUAUUGUCAAAACUAAGUAGCCAAAGAAAGAGGAGAGCAAAGAGAGAGAUCAUGCAGAUCUUGGAUGAUCUCACAGACGAGCAGGAGGUGCAACAAACAGAUCAUCAGGCCCGGAUCUCAGUGGAAGGACGCAAACAGCAGUUUUUGUAGAAACUUGUAAAACGGUAUAGAAGUGUUUUUUUGUGCCCUUAUUUGGGAGUACACAAGGAUGCAGUUGGUUGUACUGUUGCCUUUCAGCAGGAGGGUCCUGGGUUCGAAUCCCAAAGUCCAAAAACACGACUGUCAGGUUAAUUGGUCUAAAUUGCCCUUAGAUGUGUGUGUAUGUGUGUGUAUUUCUGUCUUGUGUGUCUACGUUGUCCUGUGAUGGACUGACCUGUCCAGCGUGGACGUUGCCUCUCGCCUAAUGGCCGUUAAAGAUGGGCACAUCCACCACCACAUGACCCUGCAAAGGUCAACCGCCGAUCUUUGGGUUGGAUUGAGGAGAUUGCUGCCGGAGCUCAGGCCUGAUGAAGGACAGAAGCUCCAUUUUCUCUGCACUCACCAGGGAAUAUUGAUGAUGGUGUUGGCUGUAGGUCCUCAGCUCUGCAACAAGAUGAUGAAAAUCUCCAUGUUGUCUUUUCUGCUGGUUGAGGGGAAGAACCUACAGACAUCUUCUCUUCCUCACACAACAAUCUGUUGUUUGACAAAGAAAAACUAAACCGGCAGGAGGAAAGCUCUGUCAUUGUUUCUCACGGAGAUGCAGAAAAAACAAGCAGUGAAGCGGGCCCAGCGAGAUGAACACAUGCAGCUCCGUUUGCGUGAGGCACAGGAGGCGAGGGAACACGAGGCCUCCUUCGCUCGAGAGGCGACGGCGCGGGCUGCCGCCUUCGCACGUGACAGAGCGGAGCGCACCGCCGCCUUGCACCGGGAGCAGAGAGCGCAGGCUGCCGCGUUCAUCCAGGCCUUUCUAGUGGUGCUGGGGGACCUGGUGCAUGCAGUUGGUGAAAGACAUGCAUGACCUUCUGAUUUGAGCCGGGCGUACACUGUACGAUGUUUUUAAUCGCUGUACUCAGAUACAGCUCAAACCUCUGGGUUUAAAAGUUCUCAGCUCUCCAUAACUGUUCUUACUGUACGGCCCGACGCUCUGAUGUGACCUGACUGCUCACACUGUACGUCUGAAAAACCACGUCAGCCCCGUAGAGAGAUGGCGCUACUCUGACUGGUCUAUCGGCAAGCCAGACGUAAACAGUAGAAGAAGAAAAAGGCGGAAAUGUCGAUGCUCUCUGUUAAAUACAAGGCUCACUAGAAGGAAACGCGCUGCGUUGGUAAUUCUACGAGUUGCUCCUCCAUAGAUUGACUCCAUGUCGCACAUAACGUUGCCAUAAUUCUCUCCUCUCCUAUGUUUUUGUCUGAGAAGAAGAAGAAAUUCUUUGCUUGCACAUGCUCAGUGCAUGAGGUUGGGGGGAAAUGGGCUCGUAGCUCUGCUUCACCAGUAGGAGGCGCUCAUUAUCACCACAGGAGGGCCGACUGAAUUUCAGACGUUAGAUUUUCAUCAGACAUGAGAUUCCUGAUCAAGUGGUGGUGAGAGGCUGAUCUCCCCUCGUUACCCGCUAUAUGCUACACAACGCAGGAUGAUGCCACUGAAACUCGGCCCGAUCCAAAAAACCGACUGAAGAAUCGGCACAAAAAGGGCAAAAAAAAUCGUCCAUGGACAACACC